AUGCUCGGCUUCAUCGCCACCUGGUUCACCGCGGCGACGGCCAUCGCCGUGGUCUUCUUCAGCAAUGCGGCAUCGUCAUUCCCGACGCACGUGUGCGCAACCAAUGCUGCGCCGCAGGUGACGCUGGAUCUGAACGCGUCGGUGCUCAACUCGGGCCCCCGGCCGUGGGGGCUGGUCUACCUCAACGACACCAUUGCGCUGGCGGCCGUCAACUUUUCGCUCGGCGUCCUCGACGUCUCCGAGCUCCAGCCCAAGCUGCUGAACCUGCUCCCCAUGCCGCCCUCGUACUACAUCGGCAACGACGACUACAACGAGGACGGCUAUGGCUUCCGCGACAUCAAGCUCACCGCGGACAAGGAGAACGCCUAUAUUGCGACGGGCUACGGCGCCGUCAUCUAUGAUGUGCCGCGCGCAUUGGCCGGGCGCAACGACUCCGUGGUCGGUGUCCUGAGCAACGGCGGUCUCACGGGCCGCAGCUCUAUUGAACUGCAGAUUACCGCCGACGACAAGUUUGUCUUCGUCAGCCAGGAAUUUGGCGCCAAUGCCACGCUGCAGCGCGGCGCCAUUGAGGUGUACAACAUUACCCGGCAUGAGAACCGGACCGUCGAGAGUCACUGGCGCGGCGUCAUCGCCCUUGGCUUCGCCACCAUUGGGCAGCAGUUCUCGACCGACCACAGCCUGCUGUUUGUGACGAGCGAGAUGAACGGCACGGCCACUUCGCUCAACGAGACCUCGGGCAUCAUCAGCGUACUGGAUGUGGCCAAGCUGCGGACGUACGUGAACCAGGCCCUGAUCAAAAAGGUCGACGCCGGCUGCCACCCCGUGCGCGCCGUCAUGUCGCGCGACGGCCGCCACCUGUGGGUGUCGCAGCGCGAGGCCAACCAGGUCAUGGCCUUUAGCACGGCCCAGCUGUCCGACAAUACCUCAACCAGCGCCCUCGUUGCCACCGUCAACACGGGCACGUCGCCCAUUGGCAUCACCGCCGUUAACAACCACAUUCUGACGGCCGACUCGAACCGCUUCGGCUACAGCAACGCUAGCACGGGCAUCACCGUUGUCAAUGCCGCCGGUGCCAUCCAAAACGGUCGCAUCAGCUUCCCCCAAAUCCCCACGGGACCGUUUCCGCGCGCCCUCGCCGUCAGCCCCGACAGCAACACUGUGCUCGUCUCCGAAUUUGACGGCGGCACCAUUCGCGCCAUAGACGUCAGCUCCUUGAACGCUCUAAGUCCCUAG